AGAGAAGAAGCACACCAGAAAGGAGAAAGCUUGGUCCCUCUCUAGCCAGAACUUCUGGUCAUUUUCUUGGGAUCCGUGGCCCUUAGUGAGGACACACCAGCUCAAGGCAGACAGAGGCUGACAGGCUGUCAUGGCUACCGGUGGUGACACAGAGGAGGAGCAGGUAGUUCCGAACGAGGAGGAUGAAGCUGACGUGAGAACCGUUCAGGCCCGCUACCUCCGGAGUCCCUCCCCAAGCCAGUACUCAGUGGUCUCAGAUGCAGAAACCGAAAGCAUUUUCAUGGAGCCCAUCCAUCUCUCCUCAGGUGUAGCCGCCAAGCAGAUCAUCAGUGAAGAACUUAAGCCUCGGGGUCUCAGAACAGACACUGAAUGUCCAGGCAUGCUGGAGUCUGCUGAACAGCUGCUAGUGGAAGACCUGUACAACCGUGUCCGCGAGAAGAUGGAUGAUAAAAGCCUGUUCAACACCCCCUGUGUGCUGGACCUGCAGAGGGCGCUGAUCCAGGACCGGCAAGAGGCCCCUCGGAAUGAGGUGGAUGAGGUCUGGCCCAACGUCUUCAUAGCUGAGAAAAGCGUGGCUGUGAACAAGGGGCGACUCAAGAGGCUGGGAAUCACCCACAUCCUGAAUGCUGCACACGGCACAGGUGUUUACACUGGUUCCAAAUUCUACACUGGCCUGGAGAUCCAGUACCUGGGGGUAGAAGUGGAUGACUUCCCGGAGGUGGACAUCUCCCAGCAUUUCCGGAAGGCAGCUGAGUUCCUUGAUGAAGCCCUGCUGACCUACAGAGGGAAAGUCCUGGUCAGCAGUGAAAUGGGUAUCAGCCGGUCAGCAGUGCUGGUGGUCGCCUACCUGAUGAUUUUCCACAGCAUGGCUAUCCUGGAGGCCUUGAUGACUGUGCGCAGAAAGAGAGCUAUCUACCCCAAUGACGGCUUCCUGAAACAGCUACGGGAGCUUAACGAGAAAUUGAUGGAGGAAAGGGAAGAGGAGGAUGGUGAAGAGGAGCCUGAGGAGGAUGCCGGGAGCACGCUGGGUGCUAGAGUAAACUCAUUGAUGGUGGAAGAAGAAGAUGAUGCUACCAGCCACCUGAGCGGUUCCUCCUUGGGGAAAGCCAGCCAGGUCUCCAAGCCAGUCACCCUCAUUGAUGAAGAGGAGGAAGAGAAGCUCUAUGAGGAGUGGAGGAAGGGGCAGGGCUUCCCCAAGGAGGAGGCUGCUCAAGGUAGAAACGGUAGCUGUUUUACAUCCUCAGCACAGGAUGGGGACGACUGUGAGGAUGAGGAUGUGGAAAGGAUAAUCCAGGAGUGGCAGAGCCGAAAUGAGAGGUACCAAGCCAAAGGGCGCAAGCAGUGGAAUCGGGAGGAAGAAGAGGAGGAAGAGAACUCCUAUACCAGCAGAAGGCGCAGACACACGCUCAGCGAGAGCAGUGCCUCUGAGAGUGUGAGCAGCCAUGACAUCCGGGUCCUGAAGCAGCAACUGGAGAGGAGCAGCCAAAGUCGUCGCGGAAGACAACGCUCUGACUCCGAGUCCACGGAGAGCACCUGGGACAUGUGGAAUGAGAGGCUGGCGGAGAUCGAGAAGGAGGCUGCCCGGAAGUACCGCUCCAAGAGCAAGAAGGAGGAGCUGGAUGCCGAUUAUUCAGAGGCUGGGAGUAGAGUCCGAGACGAUGAUGAGGAGAGCGUGUUGUCCGAGGCCAGCUCCUUCUACAACUUCUGCAGUAGGAACAAGGACAAGCUCACUGCCCUGGAAAGGUGGAAGGUUAAGAGAAUCCAAUUUGGAUUUCACAAGAAAGACUCAGAGGCGGGAGACGGGAGCAGUGAGCAUGGUACAGAAGAGACCUCAGGAGAGAAGAACCUUUCUGAUGUUAACCUGACAGCCUACCAGGCCUGGAAGCUGAAGCACCAGAAAAAGGUAGGCAGUGAGAACAAGGAGGAGGUGGUUGAGAUGAGCAAAGGAGAGGACACAGCCUUAGCUAAGAAGAGACAACGGAGACUAGAGUUACUGGAGAGAAGCAGGCAGACACUGGAGGAGAGCCAGUCCAUGGGAAGCUGGGAGGCAGAUAGCUCAACCGCCAGCAGGAGCAUCCCCCUGUCUGCAUUCUGGUCUGCAGCCCCCUCUGUCAGUGCGGAUGGGGACACAGCCUCAGUACUCAGCACCCAGAGUCGCCAUUCUCACCUGUCUCAGCCUGCAAGUAACAUGCCCACCACACCGCUGCCUAACCUGCCAGUGGGGCCUGGAGACACCAUUUCCAUUGCCAGCAUCCAGAACUGGAUUGCCAAUGUCGUCAACGAAACCCUCGCCCAAAAGCAAAACGAAAUGCUCUUGCUGUCCCGAUCGCCCUCUGUUGCAAGCAUGAAGGCAGCUCCAGCAGCCAGCUGCCUUGGGGAAGACCAACUCUCCGUGCUCAGCACCUCCCUGAGUGGCUGCUUCCCGCCUCAGAGCCAGGGGAGACCCAGCUCCGAUGCGCAGUCUGUGCUGUCCUCCACCAGCUCGCUCACCUCCAGGGCUGAAGGCGGUGGGAACAGAGUGAGGGGGACCAGCAAGCCCAUCUACAGCCUCUUUGCUGACAAUGUGGACCUGAAGGAGCUCGGCCGGAAGGAGAGAGAGAUGCAAAUAGAGCUGCAGGAGAAGAUGUCUGAGUAUAAAAUGGAGAAGCUGGCCUCUGAUAACAAGCGUAGCUCUCUCUUCAAGAAAAAGAAGGCCAAAGAUGACGAGGACAUCAGCAUGGGUGACAGAGACGAGGACACAGACAGUGCCAUUGGAAGCUUUCGGUAUUCCUCCCGCAGUAAUUCCCAGAAGCCUGAGACAGAUGCCUCCUCCUCUCUGGCCAUCUCCGAUCACUAUAGAAAUGGCCGCAGCGUGGGCAACGAGAUGGAUAGUAAUAUUAAUACGUGGCUCAGUGGCCUCAGGAUGGAAGAAAAAUCUCCUCCUCAAAGUGAUUGGUCUGGAAGCUCCAGGGGGAGAUAUACCAGGUCUUCGCUGCUCCAGGAAACAGAGUCUAAAUCCUGCAGUUACAAGUUCUCCAAAUCCAGGUCACAGGAACAGGACACCUCCUUCCACGAAGCCGAUGGCGACACUGUGCGAAACACCUCACGGUUCUCAUCUUCCACCACCAAGGAGGCCAGAGAGAUGCACAAGUUCUCCAGGUCCACAUUCAGCGAGACCUCCAGCUCCCGAGAGGAAAGCCCAGAACCCUAUUUCUUCCGUCGGACCCCUGAACCCUCCGAUGGGGAGGAGUUCCCAGAAGCAAGGCGUCCAAGCUGGACCAGGCCCAGGGACUGGGAAGAUGUAGAAGAGUCAUCUAAAUCAGACUUCGCUGAGUUUGGGGCCAAGAGGAAAUUCACCCAGAGCUUCAUGAGGUCUGAAGAGGAGGGAGAGAAAGAGAGGACAGAAAAUCGAGAGGAAGGGAGGUUUGCAUCUGGCCGUCAGUCUCAGUAUUGGAGAAGCACAAACCAGCAAGAGGAGGAAGAAAUAGAUGAUGAAGCCAUCAUAGCCGCUUGGAGAAAGCGGCAAGAAGAAACCAGAACCAAACUGCAAAGGAGGAGGGAGGACUGAGCUGAAUGAGGCCCACCUUGGAGACAUUGGGAACACAGGAAAAAGCCAUGCAACCUAACAGGGGGCUUGAGAACAGCUUCCCAUGACCUGCCAAGGCUUGUCCGGGUGGACAGGCUCUUCCAGAUGUGCAAAAAUGAAAGCAUCCAAGUAGAAAGGACCUGGACAUACAGUAGGGUGGAGAAGAGAGAAGAGCCAUGUGAGGCCCAAAUUCUGGACCAGCUGACACUUUCCAUCACCCAGACCCUCUAAGCUUUCGUGUUUCCCUUCUGUAUUUGAUAGUGUCCAUCCCAGAGUAGACAGUGAGAGAGACCUUACUUGCAGACUGUGGUUCUCUUCGUUGAGGUUUUGUAAUGAGACCCAGACAAUCUAUUCUGUAGCCGUUCUGGCCUCUCCCUGCCAAUGCUCGGCUGUGAUGGCUUCUUUUCAAUGUUCUGGAUCAGCAUUAAAUUGAUAAUGCUGUCAAAUA